AUGUCCGGCCGACCCCAGGUUGGGAUCGAACGACUACCCGCACGUCGCAUGAGCAACGAGCCGCGAGAAUCAAUGAAUUGCAAGUCGUGUCGGAAGCGGAAGAUCAAGUGCAACCGGUUGCGGCCGACUUGCGAGGCUUGCCAGGUCUUCCAAUGUCCUUGCAUCUAUGAUGCUGUCCCCAAGAAGCGAGGCCCGAAGACUGAUGUGUUGGAAGCGCUGUUGAAGAGGGUAGAUGGGUUGGAGAAGCGCUUGAAGGACGAGAAGAAGUCGACUUCGCCCAAUACUAAUAACGAGGGCGGCGGGUCUGGCGCCGACAAAGAAAGUUCAGAUGGCGAGACCAAGUCGCGGCGGCCCACGCUCGACACCCAGACAGUGGCAUCCGAAACAGCGGUGUAUUCGCCGAGUCCGCUAAGAAAGCUCAUCAGUAUUAGCGAACCUUCACCUGGAGUGCAACCAGAUGUCCUUCUCGACACAUAUUUCAGUCGAUGUCAUGGCAAGGCGUAUCAUAUUCUGGACGAAACCAGUACUCGACAACGAAUUCAGCUAAAUCAAAUACCGUCAUACCUUCUCUGCGCGAUCUAUGCUGUCAGUGCAAGGUACACGGCCCAUCCGAAUGGAUACCAUGCGGCUGUAAGACUCAGCGAGGACUACGCUAUGCGUGCGAGGGCGGAGUUGGAUAUCGACGAUCCUUCGAUAGACUGUUUGCAGGCACUUCUACUUCUUGGGGUCGCAUUCACUGCCACGGGGAAAGGAAAGAAGGGAUACAUGAUGCUGGGGAGCGGUAUUGCAAUGGCAAUGGCGCUCGAGUUACAUCGAGAAUUCGACCACAAGACUCGAUUAACAGCAGUCGAGAGGGAGAUGCGAAGACGACUAUUUUGGACGUGCUAUCUAAUGGAUAGAUUUACCGCGUGUGGAUCAAAACGACCUUCACUGAUCGCCGACAAGUGUAUCUUAUUACGGCUCCCAGCAUGGACACCGAACCCUGCUGCACUACCAGUCGAAGGAGAGUUCUUCCAAAACGGAUCGAAUCUACAGUACCACGCCGGCUCUGGUAAAAAGAGCCAAGGAAGCAGUGGGAUGUUAAUAGACAUCGUUCGAAUACUCGGGAUCACGAAUCGAUAUCUCGCAGCGGGGGGUGUGAAAGGAGAUAGUCACUUCCCUUGGCAUUCAUUAUCGAAUCUCUCCAAAAUAAGACAAGAUCUGGAUAUUUGGGCGUCUGGGACACAGGACGUCUUUUCCUCCGUGGAUACAUUAUUCGGUCAAUCCGACAGCACGACACUUGUUCUCAGCAAACUUAUCUACCACCUCAUACAUUGUCUAAUAUAUCGACCCUUCCUCCCUAUCGAUUUGGCGGAGCUUGCGGGGACCGGCCAGCAUCAAUCAUGGCAGAUUGAAGCUACGAAUCUGUGUUUCCUCCAUGCAAACGCCAUUGCCGAGUUAGUAGAGUUAGGUAAACAAUCAGCGUCAAUCGAAUGGCCCGCCUUCGUUGGAUACUGCAUCUGCACAGCAGGCACUGUCCACGUCCACGGCACCCACUACAAGGGAACCCACGACUCCGAAGUCUUCUCACAAUCCUCUUCCUUCUUGUCUCGCGAAAUGCAACAACUAUCCGAGCUCCGGUACGCCUGGUCGUCGGUCCAACACCAGCGCGAAACCCUGCAAACGAUCUACGGCUGCCAUUCAGAGCUUGUGAAGUCGCUUGCCAGUAGUCCCAUGCGCUACUCACCUGUUUUCCACCUCGAGGAUUUCUUCGAUCGUUAUUCGGACCUAGGGCAAUUCUUCGAUGGCGCGCAUAUAAGCUUUGCGGAUAUACUGGUUGAUCCUACCCAAGAAACAUAUACGGGCCAUGACCUCUAUGCUCCAAGAUCUAACAGCAAUACUUCUCUCUCCUCGAAUACACUAAACGACCCUUCUCCAACCCUAGCAAAACGAAAACAGUCUUCCGCGUCGAGAAAAAGACACCUCGAUCUCAAACUACAACACGCGAAUUCGCAUUCACAACGAAAUGGCACUAACCACGCGCACCCCGAAAACAUGUUAUUGACACCAAGCCAUACGCUAGAUUCGUCUUCUCACCUCGAUCCAAAUAUGGGCAUGCAGCAACAAUCGAUGUUAGACCCUACACCUACACCAAUCACACCGUUUCCGCCAGAUGGGAGCGGGAUGCCGAAUUUAUCGCAAACGCCAUUCUCACCACCCUACGCCUUCUCCUCACUCCAUCAACCUGAAUCUUACGACCCUAUGUUUGGCAUGGGGCAGAUGGGGUUUUAUCCUUCGAAUUCCACUCCGAAUAAUGGCCUGUCUGGUGGAUUAGGGAAUGGGAUGGGGACGGGUGUCCAGGAAGGCAUGACGCCCGGAGCGAGAAGUGAAGGGCAGAGCACAGAAGGAGAAAAGGACCCGUUCUUGAGUCUGCUGGAGCAGCUGGCGGAGAACGAACACUCGCGCGGAGGGCCGAGUGAGCUGGAUUUCUUUUUAAGUGGGGGGAAUGGAUGA